UCAUUUUUCUUGCUCUCUUCCUGGGAGUGCUGGUGUUAGAGGCUGCCUACAAGUUGUUGUGGCCAAACCCUGGGCAAACUGCUGGGGCUGACUGCUUGGAAACCUCAAAAAGAAGAGGAACGGGAGCUGCAAUCACUGAAUGCCUCCUUCCUCUCAAUCCAGGUGGGAAACUCGCAAGCAGAGAUUAAAAUCAUUUGCCCAAGAUCGUACAACUGGUAAGUGUUUGGGGCAGGACUUGAGUUCAGGUUUUCCCGAUUCUGUCCACUGCAAUACCUAUCAGCCUCAUCCCAAAGAAGGGAGACCGAGCUGCCUAAAGGAAACUAAGAGCAGGACUAGAACUCGGGUCUCGCGUGCACCCCAAGACAAGGAAAAGAGCCAGAAUGUGGAAAGGAGCCAAGUGGGAAGGGGCACACUCCGGUGCCCCAUUCUAGUUACCCCUUUCUCCUCCUCCAGAAUCCAGGACACGCGCUAGAAACAGCCAUCGGUCUCCCCAGCCUUCCCCUCCCAGCCCAAUAAACUGAGAGAGAAGCGUCAGUCUCCGCUUCUUUUCCUUUCUCUCCGCUUCUCGGUCGAAACCGCCCCACCCCCCAUUACACAGGAAGACAAACCUAAGGCCCUUUUAAAAGCCUCGUUUUCUCCGAGGCAUCGGGACGCCCCUCACCUCCCACCCCAACCAUAAACACCAAGUGCUGGGGUCCCGCCGGCCACUCCCACCGAGCCCCUAGGAUCCUCAGACGGAGGAGAGCGUCCGAGAAGAGAGGCCCCACGCCACAUCCCGCCAGGGGAAAGGAGCAUGGCUCCCCACGCUCUGGAGGCCGCCAUCUUGCCGUACGGCAGACAAGUCCCCGCGCCGGGGUUGUAGACCGGCUCUCUUCAUUCAGUUGCCACGGUGCCCUUUGAGUGGAGUGACGCUUAGAGUCGGCGUUAAAUACUUGGGCGACUCUAAGAAGCCGGAGGCCCUGGGCCGAUUCUCGGGGGCUGCUACAGACAGAGAGGCGGUCUGGAAGGACAGAGUGGCCGGGGCACGCAUCAAAUGCAGAGUCAAGAUGCCGUACGGCAACAUGGCCUCCUCCUUUCCCCUCAGGGACUUCCGAGUCUCCCGGCCUCAGAGAGACCCGUCCUUCCGAAGUACUCGGUCGGAUCGGGCCGAUGCAAUCACCGGGCGACUCGCCGUCCGCCUCCCGUAGAAGGGCCGAGCAGCAGGAUUCCUGAAAUCCCCAACACCCCCACCAGGGGCUUCGCUCCCCCCAUGGCUGUCGCUAACAGCAUUAUCGUGCUGGAUGAUGAUGAGGAGGAUGAAGCAGCUGCCCAGCCAGGGCCUUCCUCUCCAGCUCCAAAUCGGGUCCAACCACUGGCAGCAGCCUCUGAUUCCCUCCAGUCCAGUGGGGAAGGCAGCAGCAGUAGUGGGGGCAGCAAGAAAUGCUACCAGCUGGAGAACGAGAAGCUGUUUGAAGAGUUUCUUGAUCUAUGUAAGAAGCAAACUGGAGAACACCCUGAGGUCGUCCCAUUCCUCUGUAAUCGAAGACAACGUGCUCGCCCUACAUUCCUGGCCUCAGCUGAGCUCCGAAAUGUGCUCUCUAGAGUCCUUUCCCGUGCCCAAUCUCGGCCUACCAAGCUCUAUGUCUACAUUAACGAGCUUUGUACACUACUUAAAGCCCAUUCAAUCAAGAGGAAGGUGCCCCUGACCCCUGCUUCCACAUCCACUGAGCCCCCUGGGGAUGCUCCCCCUGCUAAUCCUUCCUCUAACUCUGCCCCUACUGAAGAAACUACUCCUGGUUCCUCUCGACCCAGAGGUUCAAGGAGGCAGAUCCAGCGCUUAGAGCAACUGCUGGCAUUGUAUGUGGGAGAGAUAAAACGACUACAGGAAAAGGAGCUGGAUCUAUCUGAGUUAGAUGACCCGGACUCCGCAUAUUUGCAGGAAGGGCGGCUGAAACGUAAGCUACUAGGACUCUUUGGGCGUCUAUGUGAGUUAAAAGCAUGUAGCUCACUGACAGGCCGUGUGACUGAGCAAAGGAUACCCUACCGGGGCACUCGAUACCCAGAGGUCAAUCGCCGUGUAGAGCGUCUCAUCAAUAGACCUGGCCCAGACACUUUUCCUGACUAUGGGGAUGUCCUUCGGGCUGUGGAAAAGGCAGCCACCAGACAUGGCCUCUGCCUCCCAAGGCGACAGCUUCAGCUCCUUGCUCAGGAUGCCUUUCGAGAUGUUGGCACCAAGUUACAGGAGCGGCGUCAUCUUGAUCUUGUCUACAACUUUGGCUGUCACCUCACAGAUGACUAUAGGCCAGGCAUUGACCCUGCAUUGUCAGAUCCUGUCCUGGCCCGAAGGCUUCGAGAGAAUAGAACCUUGGCGCUCAGUAGGCUGGAUGAAGUGAUCUCCAAAUAUGCAAUGAUGCAAGAUGAGAGUGAGGAGGGUGAGAGACAAAGAAGAAGAGCCCGGCUUUCCCAAGGAAAUUCUCCUCACAAUGAAGACCUUCCAACAGCAUCCACAGACUUGGGAGAGGGCCCUAGUGGGAAAAAGUCCACAUCCUGCCCCACUGUCUCCAAAAUUGAUACAGAUGAGGAUGAGGAUGAAGAGGAGGAGGAGGAGGAAGAGGAAGAGGAAGAAGAGGAAGAAGAUGAUGAAGAUGAAGAUGAGGAACUCACAGAUUCAGAGGAAGAGAUGGAAGAGAGGCAGGAGGGCCUAAGGGAGGAAGAUGAGCCAGGUAAGAAUUAUGUAGCUUCUCAGUCUCCAUCUCAAAGGACUACUGAGCAAGAGCUGGAGCCUGAACAGGGGAGCAAUAGUAGCAGCUCUUCAGUGGAAGAAGAUGAAGCAGGAAUGUCAGGGUCAUACUCCCUACCUCAAAGGAAAAAACCUGUUCCCAGUUGCCUUGAAAAUGAAGACAACAGGGAACAGCUCCUAUCAGAAGAGUUGUCCCAGGAUGUUGAAAGCCCAGCCUCCCAACUAUUUGAAUUGAUGAUUGAAGCCUUACCCUUGGACACAGUCCCCUCUCCUGAGGACAGGGAUCUCCCUUCUCCCAAGAAGUGCCCAGUACUUCCCCUCCCCAACAGCCUCCUGGAGAAUGGGGCAGCCACUGUUACCUCUACUUCCUUCAAUGGUGGAGUGUCUCCUAACACCUUGAGGGUUCCUAGUCCCCCUCUCAAGAAGUCUCGGAAGGAAGACAUGGCAGAAACAGAACUAAUUGGGUGCAGCUGCAUUGAGGUGCAAGCUGCAGAUGAAAGAGAGAACGGGAAGAGGUGUCAUUUCCCCAGUGCCCCCUUCCCUUUGGUUUCUUCCCUGCUUCCAGUUGCUGACUCUUCUACACGAGCAGAUUCGCCCAGCCAUGGCUUGGUCACCAGUUCUAGGUGUAGUCCUCCACCAUCCAGGCUUCCUAGACCACAAGCUACCAGGCCUGCAGUCCGCAAGAUGAGUGUGGCAACACAAUGUGAUCCCGAAGAGAUCAUCAUCCUCUCAGACUCUGACUAGCUGUCUGGCUUUCCCUGCCCUCAUUUCCCACGGUUUUGAUUUUUGGGGGGGAGGGGGAAGCUGAGCUGUACCCUUUUUGUUGGUGUUUUGAAAAUAAUAAAAACUUUAAAGGUU